AUGCAAUUUUUGAAAAGUGGAUGGGUGGCGGUAUGUUACUGCGACAAGGUCUGCAAUGAGCAAGACAGUUGGGCGGUGGUGGGCCGAUUGCUGGUCCGCGGUCCAAAGGGUUCGGAAGCGUGGGUGUUUGCCGAAGCAUUAACGUUCAAGUUAACGAUACAUGGAUGGGGCCUGUCUAGUGGCAACCGUAUCCUUAUUAUCGAUCACUUUAAAGACUGUGGUGUAGUGAACUCCACUCAAAGUACGGAUGUGAAAGGUCCCGUUAAUAGCGGAGCGUUGCUAUCGGGCAUAGGCAAUAUGAUGACGAUUGUACCAGCUGAUCCAAGUUCUUCGGGUUCCAUUAUAACAUUUGGUACGAAUGUGACACCGGUAGCACACGGCUUGAAAGAUGGUGACUAUAUUCAAAUCGAUAACGUUGUGGAGACGACCGUCGGAAAAAGCGCUAGCAGUGAGUAUUGUAUGGUCCUCUCUGGAGCGUCUGAGUGA